CUGGAGCUAAUUUUAUAAAAUUGCUGUUCCCCUAUGUGUAUGGUUAAGGUUUUCUUCCGUUUUAAACAUCCUCCUCACAUAGGAAGGACAGAACAAUGUGAGCGUUCAAAGCUUUUGCACGAGUCAUGAAAAGGAUGCAGUGGACGUGCCACUGAUGCCCAUAAAUGGCUUCCCAAAUCACAUUAGAACAAAAGGCAGCAGUUCCAGUGGGGGCAGAAUGGACCAAUCAUGUGUGUGGGGAAAUGUUUUGAGAAAAGCAUUCAGGAUCUUUUCCCACAACAAAAGAGGAACCAAAGAUGCACAAUAGGGAGAUUAAAGGUUUAAUGAUUAUAUUGUACAAUGUCAGAGAAUAGUAGAAAUUGCAUGGUACCCUGGUAUGUUCCAGAGCUGAAUAUAACAUAUAGAGGCAGGAAGAGUGCUGAGAUCACUCAGGGACUGUGUGCGUGUGCGUAGAUUGCAGCAGCUACUGAAGAGCAGACAAAAGAAAAUCACAUAUUUUGGACUCCCUUAAGCCCUUUACAGCGGCACACUGGGGAACUUUAUGACGCAGGAUCGCACGCAUGCCCGUACUACACUUCGCAACUUUUUUACCCGUUUUUUCAGCCAUCCCUCCCAGUCUUCAGCAGGGAAUCAAGACAAGAUGUAUCCUCAGCGCCCCAUGGCACAGGCUGUGCCUCCCACACUGGGCCAGAAUCUGAGAGACCUGGCAUACGGCUUUGGUCGUGGUAAGAACCUGCUGGGAGGGAACAUCGCUUACGGGGUCAUCCAAUCUUUGAAAGAGUGUCUUUACUUCCUGCUCUGCUGCUGGUGCAUAAAAGAGAUCCUGGACUGAAACAAAGGAAAUAGAAUCCAAGAUGAUAUGAAAAUGUCCCUGAUUGAAGUGGCAUGUUCCCAGCAAUGUUCAGCAGAUCCAUCAAGGAUAACUGACUUGUCAGAACUGUGACCACAGAGGCCUUUAACCAUGACGUAAAGAAACAGCUUUGUGUUGUGUUCAGCUCCAAAUGCAAUAAAGUUUGGGUUUGUCUUAAAGAAACAACAGGAAACCCUUAUAUUAGCCCCCCAGUUUAGUUAUCUGGUAAUUCUCACUCAUCUGCUAGCGCUAUCUCUAUCAUAAGACAGCUACCAACCAGGUAGGGUGAAGGGUAACACGUGAGUCAUAUGAAACCAGCCAACUGUAUCUUUUCAAAUUGUUGCUUAUGCUGUAUCACACACAGAGGAAAGCGCUAUCAACCCUCUUCUGCACACAUGAACUCACAGACACUUGCGAUUGGCUAGUGUUGCUGUGAUUGACAGAAGAGAGCAAGUCUCCCAACCAAAGAGCCCAGCCAAUUUCUCUUGGUUCCGAUCCACAGAUGGCUUUGGUAUCGUCGGGGUUUGAACUUCCUAACUCCUGAGGAUAGUGUUAUAUUGGUGGCUUUUUUUUAAAUAAAUAAAAGAGCAAGAGUGCGA